CCGAGUGUUCUUUGGUCCGAGUGGUCAUGGAUUCUUGUCGUAAUUGUACUUGAAUUUCCUAUGCUGUCACCCCUAAUAUGAAAUGAUAUCUUCCGCAGAGUGACGUAACCAUCUUCCAUAUUGGUAUUUUUCUCUGGGAAAAGUUUGUGAUAUUUCAAUUUUUCAAGAGAGAACUUGUUUUCAUCGUUGUGAUAAUUAGUUGUGCAAUGGAUUUUAUCGAACGGGAGUUCAUUACAAACACACAGAUUCAAAAGAAACCAAAUGGAUGAAUACAAGUAACAAGAGGUUAAACUCCAUCUUUACAUGGCAUCCAUUCAUCAGUUUAAACAGAAAAAUAUGACGUCUAGUAAUAUCAGUUCUGAUACAUUAAGAUUAGCAGGAAAUAAUACUGGAGACACCAGUAGUCUGACUCCUAUAGUUCAAACUGUUACACCUACAGUAGGUCCUAAUAGUUCCAUUCCUUCCUUUGUUGUUGAACAACCAUUAUGUCAGUGGAUAUUAUAUGAUGAUAUUGCAGAUUCAAGAGUACGUGUGUGGGAUCUGAUUAUUCUAGUACCAAAUGCAGUUUUUGCCAUUUUUCUCCUCUACCGGUUACGGUCUGCUGCUACCAAACUACAGAAUUCAAACAGUCCUAUAUUUAAAGCUUUCUAUGGACUGGUUUUUGUAGUUGCUGGAAUCAGUAUAUUAAGAUGUAUUGUUGCUAUGACAGUUAAUGCUUCAGUUUUAGCAGGGGAUGUAGCAGAUAAGGUAAUAUGGUUAGUGUUACGAUUUUUUCUCCUGGCUACAGAAUUAUCAGUGGUAACAUUUGGACUUCUGUUUGGCCAUCUUGAAAGUCAUGCGAGUAUCAGAAGAGUUCUAAUAGUAACAUCAUUGAUAGCUCUGGCAUAUUCUUGUACACAGGGAUCACUAGAGUUUAUCCAUCCAGACCCAAAGUUCCGUGUUCAAAUACAAGCAAACGAAACAGAUAAUUAUGAUAUUUUUGCACAUGGUGGAAUGAUCUUUUGGUUUUCAAGUUCUUUUUUCUUUUUUGUUGUAUAUUCUGUCAUAUUUAUUUUACCAUGGACGGGUAUCAAAAAACGACUCGCUUUACCUUCCAAGACAUCAUUCUAUUACUAUUGUUUAGCUCUGGCUAUAUUGAAUGUAACCCAAGCGAUUGGUAGUGCACUCAUUUACUACAGUGUGGACAAUGGACGAUGUGUAGUGGAUAUAACAACAUAUUUAUAUUUUACUAUCUAUGAUCCCAUGGUGUAUGUGACAUUCUUGAGGGAAUUCUUCAGUGUUACACAGCCAAGUAUAUUAUUUUCUUAUAAACAUCAAGUAGAUGAAUUAAAUGAAGAGGAUACUGUCAGUAUGCCGUGUCAUACAGGUUAUGAUAAAGAUGAUCAUUAUUCCACGAGUUACGACAGCACUCAUUUUGAUCGACAGAACAGUUUAACAGGCUCCGUCAAUCAUCCCGGUGUCAUGUCUGUUAAUUCAGACUUCUAUCAAAUAUCCACAUAGAAAGAAAACUUAUAGACUAUCUACAAUUAUUUAUAGUGCAAUGUUUGACAGUACUUGUGAUAAAUUAAACACUAAUCUCCUAAUUCUAUUCUUCAGCUGCAAAAUUUUAUAUAUAUAU